AUAAACAAAUUUACCGCCAAAAUGACAGAUGGCGACGUCAGCGCCUCUUUAGGUGACAACUAACAUUAAAUUCGUGACUUUAAGAAGAUUGUUUACCUGCGAUGCUGCACUUAUUCCUUUUUAAUGAAGAAGUAAUUAAUCGAUUUAAAUUUAAUAUAACAUUUAUUUUAACAUAAAUAAUGGGAACCAAAAUUUUGAAGGAUAUACAAAGUGAUAUAAAACUUCUGAUCACGGCGAUAACUGAUUUUGAGGAAGAUGAAGAAGGAUUUCAAAUUUGCGAACGUUUUGUUGUUUCCAAUAUAAAACAUCAUCAAUAUCUUUCUGUUAAUAGUCAUGCAGUGAAACAAUCUAUUAACAAUAUUACCACCAAAUUAUCCAUAUAUGCUAAAUUUAAAGAGGCUAAAAAAUUUCAAGAACUCAUAGAUUUCUUUUUAAAUAGUUUUGAUUUCGAACAUCAUCCGCAAUAUGAUUUACAAUGGACUUUGUUAGCUUUGUUGUUUGAUUUAUCGUCUGAAAUCGACAAAGUGGAUUUGAAUAAUUUAAAGUCUUUUCAAGGAGAUUUUCAUACUAAUGUUACCAUUGCUAAUGAAAAAGAUGCUAUCGAAGAGAUUGAUUGGGCUGAUUAUUUAAAAGAAGGGGAAGAAGAUUUCUUUUGUGAUUUUAAAGACGAUGAAAGUAGUGAUGAGUGGUCAGACGAUACAGAAAAAGUAACAGAUCUUUCUUGCAUACCAAUCGAAACAACUUUGACAACUGUAGAUGGUAUAACAUCUGAAGAAUCAAUAGAUGUUAAACAUAAAUCAGAUAUACUAAUGCAGUCAUUAAUAGAGGAAUUUGAGUCAAGAAAAUGGUUGAUGUCGAACGUUCAAAAUACAUGGUGGGACAAAUCGGUGAUUUAUAAAUAUCCUGUAUGCAGCAAAUAUCCCGAUGCACAUUUCUGUCAAAUUUGGCAUGAAACAGUUCAUAAGGAUUUCUCUGAUAUUAUUCUACUUAAUGAAUACCAAGCGUGUAAAGAAAUAUUAUGGAUUUUCCAUGUUCAAACAGAGAUGACAAUAUUUGAGCGAGAAAGUGAAUUUGCAUUCCGCAUUAGGCCUAAUGUUUCUGUACCAAGCUUAACUACUGCUGCUUUUCAAAAUAUGUUAUCUCCACUUUGUGAAUAUUUAACUAUGAUACAAGACAUAGAAGUAUUUGACAAAGAAUUGUUGAACAAAGAUACAAGUUACUUGGAAUAUAAAAAACCACCAUUCGUAUACGAAGCAUAUAAUGCUGCGAUCAAAGAAAAACUCUUAAGUUUUAGGAUGGAGAUUAUAAGCAUCGAGAAAGAUAUUACAAAACAAGCUAGUAGCCAGACACUUCUGUCUUUAUUGGCUCGUUUAGAAAAGCCUUUAAAAAGAAUUAAAAUAUUGCACGAAGUUCACAAAAUAUCUGUAUCUGAUUGGAAAUUAUCAUCUAAUUGGAAUUGCGCUUCCAAAUUACUUUCAAAUUUACUUUUACAAAUUACAAACUCUCAUUGUCAAGAAAAGACAAAUUUAUGCAUUAAUUUAUAUCUGUCUACUAUUCCUGUAUAUUUGAACAUUAUCGAUACAUGGUUAGGCGAUGGACGUUUAGAAGAUUGGAGAGAUGAAUUUAUAAUAGAAAGAAGAAUUUCAGAUGAAGAAGUUGCAAAAACUAAAAAGCAAUGCGUAAAAUUUUUGGCAAGACCUUUGGAUGAUAUUUGUUUGGAGGAUAAUGUUAUACAAUUACUAAUUAACAAGGUACAACAUAUUGGACACAGUAUUGACUUGCUUGUAUCGUUAAAUCGUAUCAUGGAAAUGUGGAAUGAGAAAAUUAAAACUGAAGAAAAGAGAAUUUCUUUAAAGGAUGAAUUUUAUACCUUAUUGUUGUCUGAAAUAUGUAAAUAUACAACUCAGUUAAAAGAACCAAUUGAUAUUUCGCCAUCAGAAGUAGAUGGAAUUGCGUCAAUUUCAGAAUGCGAUGAAGACUUGGAAAAAAAUAUAAUGCAACAAUUAUCAGCGGUGAACAAUCCAUUUUUAAUGAAAGCAUUUAAGGAUUAUCUACCAUCGGCUUUAUACGAGCAAGAUGUGGUGGAUAGUAGAAAGUGUAUAUCUACUAAUUACAGUAACAAGCAUCGAAAUAAAUUAUUUAACAGAUUGCAGGAAGUUACAGAACACACGUUGCCAUUAACAAAAAUUUUGGAAAAGAUAUUAUCCAAAAUUUUAGAUUUACGCUAUAGUAGUGCAAGUAAAUUAGUAAAAAAUAUAAUGAUGCAGGAAUAUAAACUGGAAUCGCAUUUGAAAUUAAUGAGAUCCGUUUAUAUGAUGGAGGCUGGUCAUAUUAUGAAUAAAUUUUAUCAAAUAUUAUUUCACGAGAUAGAAACUAAUCAAAUGUGGAAUAAUUCAUAUUUUUUAUCAUGUAUAUUAGAAGAAAUACUUUCUCAACAAUGGCCAGAUUCAAGUUCACAUUGGUCAAUUAUAGUGCAAGAUGUCAGUACACAUCAAGUGGUACAAGCCGCAGAUAGUAUAACUUUAUGUUAUGCAACAGGAUGGCCCAUAAAUAUUGUAUUAAAUGAUGAAAUUCUAACUAAAUACAACGAGAUAUUUCGAUUUCAAUUAAAAUUAAAGUGGGCCUUGUGGACGUUAAAUAAUUUAAAAUUCAUUGACUUGGAAGGUUUAAAAUCAUUACACGCUAAAAACAAUAUUGAACAUUUCCAAAUAAGACGUCUUGAAAGUUUACGUUUCUGGUUAUUACAUGCUAUAGGAUCGAUUCAUGCUUAUCUAUCAGGACAAGUAUUGCAAAGUUUAGGAUUCAUGUUUGAUCAAUCUUUAACUCAAGCUGAUAGUCUCGAUGGAGUUAUAUCUGUCCACAGAGAAUAUUUAGAUAAAGUUCACAAACAUUGUUUGUUAACGAAAGAAUUUGAAGAUUUAAUGACAACUGUAAACAAUUUAAUAGAAAUGUGUAUCCAUAUUCGAGACCAUUGGGAUUAUAAAAAGCUAUUACGUACUGUAACGGAAUUAAGUUUAAUGGAAAGCAGUUACAUAAAAUACCACACGUAUCUUGCAUUGACUUUACAUAAUACGGUCCAGUAUAAAGACGCGGAUUAUCUAGUGGGAUUAAGUUCAGCCUUUAACUGCAGUAUGCCGAGCAUGUAAAAAUAUUAAUGUAUUAUAAGAUUUGUGUUUAUAGGUGUCAUUAUUCAUUUUCAUAAGUUAUCACAUAAAUCUUGAUAUUACAUCAUUAAUUAAUUACCAUCUCAUCUUUCUUCUAUUACAUUUAUUUUCGGUAUUAUUUACAUGCGAGUUUGUCAGAUGUAAAUUAUUAAUUUCGGAUAAGAAAGAAAAAAAGAAAAAAGAAAGAAAAAAAAAGAAAACGAUAAGAAUGAAAAAAGCAAAAGAGACAAAAAGAAAACGUUACACACUGUACGAACAGUGUAUCUUCUGUGUUGUGUGUGUCUGUGUGUUAGAAAAAUUUUCUGGAAAAUUUCAUUCUAAUCUCCUUUUCAUUCCUGAUACAGUCUCUUCUUUUUUUCUUUCCCCCCCGGUCCCUACGGCUUAUCUUUUGCAGAUAAACUGACGCCGCGAAGGCAAGUGAAGUCCAAGGACGUUUAUGACGAAAAAAACGUCGUCGGGUUGAAUUUCAUAAGCGAUUUAAGUCGUAAUUUAUUAACGGAGAUUGCGUUUCAAACCUUACCACCUUCGGGUAUUUCAAUUCCUAUACCAAAAAUGAUACGCAAAAAAGAUUGGCAAGUUAAUCGGUGAGACCUAUUAUUAAUUGAAACAAUUUAAUAUAUAUAAACAAAAAAAAAAAAAAAUGAUUCCUCAUUAAAUUUUAGUCCGAAGACAAUAUUGUCCGAGCAUUUAAUCGAAUACGAACAAACGUUCUCUUAUUUGCGUUGGUAUCUGCACGAAGAACACUAUAUUGCAUUUUCCUCUUCCUCCUCUGAUGUAUUGUCACGCGAAACUAAACGUAUUAUAAAUGAUACAUUCAAAAUCGACAAGCUAUGAAAAGUGAAAGAAAAUAAUGCUUGCUUUUUAAGAUAGUUACUUUAAAAAAUAUCCAAAAAUUAAUAAUCCAAAGAUUGAAGAAAUUAAAAUUAAUAAGGUAUCCCUACACAUUUUUUCCAUUAAUCUAAUAUUCAAUUAGACUUGAUAGAAGAGUUAGACUAAAAAUAAUAAUUUAUGAUUAUAUAAAAAUGAGAAAAAUUAGAUAGUUUGCGUAUGCGUGUGUGUAAAUAAUUGAUUGAAUUAAUCAAAUGUCAAAAAUCUUUCAGAGACUAGUAAAACAAUUGAGACGUUGUAAUACCAACUGUGAUUUUGAGAAAAUAUGUAUGAAAAAAUUAUAUAAAUUUUGAUCAAUUUGUUUUCAAAUAGGAUUCUUAUAACAUUUUUACUUUUGUAAGUUCAAUAAGAGACAUAAGAAAGAAACAGAUUUUGAAAAUGCAUUUUAAAUAAUACUCUUUUGGGAGAAAAAAAAUGUGGGUGGUGUCUUCUUGGUCCACUUUGGUUUUCAACGUCUCGAUUUUAGAGUUUGUUGUGUUCUUUGUAUAAGAGAAAAAAAAUAUUGAAAAAAAAAAAACAAUUGAUAGGAAGACGAAAAAAAAAAAGUUAUUAUCUGCUAUUAGUUUUAUGCAACGAGAUUGAUACGCGAGGCGGUAGAAAAGGCGGUAACGUUGGACUUGCUUCGGACAAGUAUGGUCGAUCUCAUAUGGGCGGAGCGUAUGGUCUGACGAAUGACGGUCAAAUGGUCCGUGCGUACAAAUGGCGCUCGUCUUAACAAUAUAACGUUAUCUUCAUUUACUUUCUAAUUUUAAUCACCUUUUUAUCAAUUACUACGAUCUUUUAUUAAAAUAUAUAUUACGAUUUCGAAAAUCUUUAUAUCGAUAUCACAAUGUAAAAAAUAUAUAAUACUAUAAUAAAAAAGAAAAUAUAAAGUAACAAAAUAUCAGCACACAAUACGCGAUCAAAGUUUUGAUACUAAUGUCAUACUACUGUAAUUACAAAAUAGGGGAUUUGAUAAUAAUUAGAUAUUAAUGAUUAUGAUGAUUAUGAAGAAAUGAGAUCAAUUUUCUUUUCUUUUUUUUUUUUUUUUUAAUGUAAAUCAAAUAAUUUGCUCUUUUAAAGAUUGAAUUUAUGUAUUGGAUCGUUCAUGUAAUUUACAAAAAUUAAGCUGUAUACUUCUUGAUGGGGAGAACAAUUGUAACCCCUCCAUCGAUAAUAAUAAUAAUGUUGGAGAGAUAAAAUCUGGAAUUAUAAAGUGUGGAACGUUUAAUACAAUGGAUUUGUUUUAAAAGGUGGGACACGACUGUCGAGCUCUUAUAUCUUCGAGUAAAGAUUUUAUUGAAAUAUAAGGAAUCUGUACCAGACAGAACUAAAAUUACUGAUGAAUUUGGUACUA